AUGGCAUUUAUCUCUCUUGACAACGUGGUCGAGUACCAAUAUCUUAAGACUAGGAAGCCAUCCAAAUUGCCUCUAAUCCCCUGUGGAGCUUCUUCGUUUCAAUCCACCACCGAACCUUUCCUUAAUCGUUCCACGUCUGUUGAUGUUUGCACAACAGUGGUAUCGCCUCCUCCCGCUAGCGAGAAACCGUCCUCUUCGGCAAAUAUCAGUGCUGUGGCUAAACAGGCUCAAAUUUCAAUUGAGGAGUCUUGCCCACUGCCGGCAGCCAUCAUCGUCGACUCUGACAGAUCCGAUGAGAAGGAAAAGAACAAAUAUCAGAACAUAUGUGAGCAGAAGAUAGAGCAGGAUGCGUGUCGAAGUCCCAACGGACGAAUCCGUGACGACCACUACAUCGAAAAAAACAAGGAUUUCUCUGAACCUCUAGAUGCUACAGUAGCCUCAUCAGCGACAGAUGCUACAGUGAUAGAACCUCUGGAAAUAGAAAUGUCGCCCCUUGUUUCCGAUAGUGGAUGUGAGCAACACCGCAGCACUGUCUCUGACACUUCUAUCGAAGAAAUGCCGCCAACCGCUCUAGAUGCCUCAUUCGGCUCAGCUGCUCAGUCUGAAACAGCCGGUAUAGAUCAAAUGUCAAUGAGUCCUAUCAAUACUCCAACCGUCGACGCAAGGUGCCUUGACACGCUAGCGGAUAAGGAUAAGGGCAGGCAACCAUCUGUCUGUCAACACUCUCCAAUUGCUGAAGCGGCAGUAGCCCAGUUUGCGCCCACUCAAACCCGACAGCUCAACGACAGCCAACUGGGACGUAAUUCUGCAGCAGAGAUGCCUUGCAAAUCUCUAUCAGUGGUAGUCCCUCAUCAACCGCUGCAGUCCAGAAAGUUCACUCGCACCGCUCGUCAGUCACGUCGUUCUCACUUCAGUCCAAGUGCAGAAAGUGAUGAUCCAGGGGAUAGUGACUAUCGUGAGGACAGCCAUCUAGAGAGUCGAAUAGAAUAUGAUGAACCAGCAGCUCGUCCAGUCAAGAGGAAAAUGGGGAUGAACACCAGUAUGAACACUUCUCAGUUACACAGAAAGAGAGUGCGGGCACAAACCUAUUCAAAAAGUUCGCCGCCGAGAUUGGCGGGKCCUGAGUCCACGGUCCAGAGUUCCACAAGUCCAGAGACGAUACGAAUCCGUGGCCAGUUUCUGCGCAAAGUCUCUUUAAGCCGCAUUGAGUAUUGCUGCUGGGUCACGGAAGAUACAAACUCGGCCGCCUCCGGCCCUGUAUCAUCUAACACUUGGGCAUCACUCAAGAAGCUGGCAGACGAGGGGGGGCAGUCAACUAGCAUGUCCGACUUUCAAGCUAUUGACAUAGAAGGCUUAUUGACCCGUGACCUUAAGCCAUGUGGAUAUAUAUGGAGUUUCAACUUCAAGGAGAAGCAUGCGGAAUCGCCGGAAUAUCAUUCCCCGCCCAAGGAACGACGGGUAUCACCGACUCUAGAUGACCUUACGAUAGACUGCCAGACUUCCCCGCGGGCGGAUGAGUCUGCGUCUCCGAAGGGAAAGGAUUAUACUGCCGAAGAAGAUGCACUGAUAGUUCAUCUCAAGGAGACUGAAAAGCUUUCGUGGUCACGCAUUGCAGCACGCUUUCCUAAAAGAACACAGAUGGCCCUGCAGGUUCGAUACUGUACCAAACUGAAAGGAAGGCCGCAUCAAACUCGGUCAGAAGGUCUUAUCGGACCGAGGACUGGCCAAGGGCAGACUACCACAGUAGCUUCUUCAAGGAAUACUGAGGGUUCUCGUCGCCAGUAUAGCUUGCGAAAAUUACGACAUUCCCCAGAUCGUUUUAUAGCCGGGUAG